UCUUCUCUGCAAGCAGCUGGUUUCGGAAAGCGGAAAGACGAUCCAGAUCCAAAACAACGUCUUCGAUUUCCAACUUAUAGCCCUUACAGCCUAAAUUUUGUCCGUUCCAGCCAUGGCGGACAUCCCGGACCUUUCAGCCAAGGAAAUGGCUUUGCUGAAGCAGAAAAUUCAGCGCACGGCUGAACUGAAGCAGCAGUACCUCAAGCAAGUCCAUAACCCUUACAGACAUGCAUCUGGGGAAGGAGGCUUCGUUUUCGAUCCUGCCGUAGCCAGGUACCAGGCGCUGAGAGCUGGAGGCUAUGAGCGUUUCAAGCCGACAUGGAGAAACGGCCUGGGCGCUUUUGGUGUUGUCAUCUUCCCCAUGCUAGUUUAUGGCUAUUUCCUCCACAAAGAAAGGUCCGAGAAGGAGCAUCGAUUCAGAACUGGCCAGGUUUCCUACAGGGACAGGUUGUUCAAGUUUGUCUAAAGAAUCCACGUUGAGAAGUAGUGAUAAUUUCAUUAAUUAAAAAUUCAGCUGUUGAUUUUCUCGCAAGUUAUUGUAAAUAAUAAAAAAUUGAACAUGGGAAAA